AUGGAGCCAGAAAAUACCACAAGAUUUGAAAGAAGACAUUCCGAACAACCAGAUCAAGAUGAUUCUUAUGAACAAGUCCGUAAAUCCUACAAUACAGUUGUUCAGGAGAGGGAUGGCCUAAGACAAUAUGUCAGUGAGCUCGAGGAACAAGUACUACCUCGCUUCGAUGUGAAUGGCACAAAUCUAGCUGAGCGAGUAAUAUCUCUCGAGGGCGCUAUCGCCGAAGCCGAAGCCACGCAGUCUUAUGAAAUCGACAGAGCGCAGCGAGACAAGGCUGAGCUGCAACAUCAAUAUGAUGAGUUGUAUCAAAAAACAUUUGGACAAAAUGGAUACAGGGACCGAUUGGAAAGUGCGCAUGUUGCGCUCGAAUUGGCGAAUGAUCCUCAACCUCCCGAUGUUGUGGAACUUAUCAGACAGUUAGCGCGUGCAAACAGAGAGAGGGAUGAGUUCGACCACGAGGCUCGUAGGUUGGGAGUAUGGGCCGAAGAGCUGAAACUUAAUUGGAAUGCUUCAAUGGAUGAUGUUGAAGAAUUAAAGAAGCAAAAGGCAGAAUGGACAAAUCUACAAGAUAAUUCGGUUGCUUUGCAGGAAGCUAACAAGGAAAUUGAACGAUUACGGGGAGUACAGGAGAUAGAGGAUUCUUACCGCGUGGAGGCGUCAAAGCGAGAAGUUUCACAACUACAAGAAGAGAAGGCUGCGUGGGAAGAAGACCGAAUGAAGUUGGAGGGUCGCGCUGCGGAAUUAUCGCUAUCAAUAAGAACCCUGGAGGAUAUGUUGGCUGCUGCAGAGGCUCAGCAAUCGUCUGAUGUAGAAAUGUCUGAUGCAGGCGAUAAUGAAUCGGUACGCUCAUCAGGACCGGAGAUUCUCGGAGAUGCUGUCUGGAGACAAUGGUCGGAGAGGCUAUGGAAUCACAUUCAAGCCAAGCCCCAAGCAGUAGAAGGUCUCUUUCGCCUAGCUGCAGCAAAUUUGUAUCGACCCGGGGGUGUACUACCAGAUGUAAACCCGGGGCCAGAGAGUCAACAAUUCCCAGGCUUUGAAGAAAGCACCUGGAGAGAAUGGGCAAAUGAAGUAAAUGAUUUUGUUUUGAAUGUACCUCAUGAGAUAUCUGCAUUGUAUCAUUUGGCCGAAGAAGGACAACAAACAGCAGGCGCAGAAUGGAUUCGUCAACUUAUUGCAUAUGCUACCCAAUUACCUUCCCAUUCGGAGCUUCCACGUACUUUUAAAGAAUAUCAGCUUGGCGCCGAACUCAAAGAAGCUAGAGCCCGAAUCGAAGAGCUCGAAAGACUGGAAGCGGCUGGAGAUGAAGCAGUUGGUCGUGCUCAAUUUUUGAAUGCCACCAACCGGCUACUCGAACAGGCACUUGAAAGAUCCUACAAGAAAAUCGCGGAUAAAGAGCAAGAGAUAAAUGGAAUGGCGGGCCAAUUUGAAGAUGAAAUAGAACAAUUGAAUAGGAAUCUCAAGAACUCAUAUGAGCAGACAAAUCUUUUUAAAAGCUUAUACGAAAAAGAGAAGAAAGCUCGGGAGGAAAAUGAUGAAAUUAAAAAAUUGCAAAGGGAUCUCAAAAUGGCAUAUGAAAGGGGGAAUCAUUUCAAAGAGCUGUACGAAACAGAGAAGAAAGCCUGGGAGGAAAAUGAGGAAACCAAAAAAUUACAAAGGGAUCUCAAAAUGGCAUUUGAAAGGGGGAAUCAUUUUGUACAGCUGUACGAGAGAGGAAAGAUACUUUCAGAUGAACAUGAGGAUGUCUGGAAGCAGAAGUUUGAGAAGGAAGUUGUGGGCGCGGAUAGGCAUGCAGCUGGUUUGGUUGAGGAAAUAGAGACAUUACAGGGAAGAUUGAGUGGAGCGCAUGGUGUCAUCGCCGAAUUGGAAAAUGAAGUCGCAAAUUUACGAAGUCAACUCACUGAAAGAGACGCAGUCGGUAGCGGCGACGGUCCAAGUAUAGCUGUUACCGCGCCCUCCAAAGGCUCUCAAAGCACAUCCUCACAUCGCACUCUCUCAUCCUCAAGUCAUACUCCCUCUGAGGAAGAAGAAUCUGCUUCCGAGGAGCUCAAAAUUGCAAAGACAGAUCUUUAUAACACGCUUGAAGAAGUAGAAGAACUCAAACUUAGGCUCGGAUUUGCAAAUCAUGCGUUUCAAGAUAUGAAGGAAGAAUUCGAGAGGAAAAUUGAUAUAAUUGAGAAUAAUGCAAAAGAGGAGGUUACGGAAAAGGAGAGGCUCGAGGAAAAAUUGAGGAUUGCGGAGGAGAGGAUCAGGAGCGGAGUUGAGGCUGAGAUCCGGAGACUGGAGAGGGAGGGACUGUUGGGUGCGUCGGUGGGGGAGGGGAAUCCAAUAGGAAGAGGAAGAAAAGCUGCGCCCGGAGCACUGAAACCUAAACCCAAAGUACCAGAAGAGGAAGAGCUUGAAAGUCCUCCGAUCACACCGCUCGAAAGUCCGUUGGAAAGCCCGGAUAUUUUAAUGAAGGACGAUGAUGAAUAUCAUGAUCCAAAGGGGAAGAAGGGUAGGGCUAAGAGUAAGAGAGUUCCAGCUGCUGUGGUAUCGGAAGCUGGAAGUGAGGGGACGAUGGGGGUGAGGAGGAGUACGAGAGAGACGAGGAAUAAGAACCCUGUGUAUAAGGAGCAGCCUCUGAAAGUACUUUUAGGGAAGAAGAAGAGUUCGGCUGGGAAGAAGAGGAAGACUGAGGAGAAGGUCGAGGAGGGAGGAGUUGUUGAAGGUGAUGUGCGAAAUGAAGACUUGGAUGGUGCUAAAGACGGGGAGAGAGGUAAGGUCAGGAGGAGGGGAAGCAAAAUGGUGUAA